AUGGCGGUGAAGGGUAACGUUCCUGAGUUCAAGACUCUUAAAGAGUGCUUGGAAUUCUUGGAGUGGUUGAGGAAGAAUAAUGAUAUGAAAGGCCGGGUGUCCAAUCGACUAAUUAGGCUUCUUAAAGAUAGAUAUAAGGAAGCAAAACAAGGUGACAUUGAACACGCACUUUCGCAAUUUCUCAACAUAGUUAAUACGUUUCACGCGAAAUUAUGUAAAAAGGCAGAGCCAGCGAAAUAUAAGCGUAUUAACGCCGUAGAAGCCCUAGAAGCUCUGAUCCAGUGCAUUCCCAAAUUUCUCUCCGUAAUGUACUUCUUGCAAUAUCAGGUUGAUAGGAGGUUCAGUGCAGUGGGAGGAGGGAAGUGGGCGAACCUACAGGUUGGGAUGCUUGACCUGUACGCUAGGAUUGUUAGACAGCCGGAUCAACUUAUGCAACAUGCUACUGCUAUCGAGAAGUACUUCGUUACGCGAAACGGCAGUGAGUACGGUGUUAUUCCUGGAGGAUUCUAUCCAGGCGAUCUGAAGCCAAUUAGUCAAGGUGGCUAUUCCGAAGGUCAUCUUAUGGUAAAUGACCUUGGAACGCUUUUAGACAAGCAUUCCAAUCCCAACAAUCUGUUCCGAGAUGUCUUCGUCACGUCGGUAGUGUCGAAGAAUUCCUCCGUUGAGACAUCGAACGUAGCCAACGCUAUCCGCUUGGUGGAAGACUUCUGUGGGAUAUUUAGAGAUGUCAAAGAUGAGCAAGAUUUUAAAAACAAUCUGCAAUCGAGGAAUAAUUGUAUUUCUUGGUUAGAAUUAAAAGACCAUUGCAUAAAACUAAAAGGACCUCUCGAAAAAAUUUUCAAAAACGACCGAUUUUCUUUCACCGGAUAUGCGCGAAUAUAUAAAUACCUUAACAAAGAGAAAAUUGCUACGAAGAUGGCAAAGUGGCUGAAAAAUAAUUUAGAGGCGUUGAGAAGAACAUUGGCGGGAAUUAGGCCGGAGCAGAACGUCAAUAAGUUUGCCAUCACAUAUCUAUUCCCCUACGGAUUCACAUUUAAUGGUUACAAUUUUGGAACUCGGACUAAUUCGUAUAAAGCUCGGAAAUCGGAUUGGGACAGUGCAAUCGAAGAACUUAAAAAAAAUAAUGAGGGCUUGCAUGAGUUGAAGAGAAUUUUGGAUGGUACGAUUUGUCAAGUAAGACAAGAAAACGACCAUGAGCCGGAGUCCGAUGAUGAGCCGGUGCCUGAGGAUUUAGAAUAUGUAGAAGCAGAAGAUGAUGAUAAGCCUCUUCCCGCCAAAACCGAGGCCGCAAAGCCCGUAGUCACCAAAGUCGAGGCUACAAAGCCGGCUGAUACUAGAUCUCAGAGUGCUGAAUAUGGCCAUGACCAAGAUCUGGGCAAGAAAUCUGAGGGUGCACAGAACCAGGGCAAGAAAGCGGAGGGAGCACAGAACCAGGGCAAGAAAGCUGAGGGAGCACAGAACCAGGGCAAGAAAGCUGAGGGAACGACAAAUCAACCGGGUGGUCAAAGUGACGGAAAUGGUUCAAGUGCAGGCACUCCUUCACCUGGUGACCCUGUUACCAGUAGUGGUCAGGAUCUGGGUGGUCAGGGGUAUGCUUCUGGCGCUGGUCAAACAAGGGGGCCAGACGAUCUGAGUGAUUCAGCUACUGCCAGUACAAAGGGACCCUCCGCUGCUGGUCCCAGUCAAGGUGGCGGUGGCAGUGAAGGGGAUGAGGGGCACAGCAGAAGUUCUCUUGCCCAGGAAAGACACAAAGAAAUCGAAGCGAAGUUUAGGCAACAAAAUGCUCGGAGAAACAACAAAGCUGCGGAAACUGACCAAUGGUUAAGAGAAGCAUUUGAUGCUGUCGAGAAAAGAAAGGCUGAGCAACAAAAAAGACUGAAUGCCCAACGUGAACUUCAAAAGUGGAAAACACUGCAGUAUUAUGAUCCGAAAGAAUCGACUAGGCCUCCACACUCUGCCAUACACGACGUUCCAGUUGCUCUCGAUGGUGAUAGCCUUUCCAACGAAUCCAAUGACCCUGGGAUUUCGUGGGAGCGGGCGCAUAAGGAUGCUUGGAAGUUGCCGGCAGAAUUGCUAAAGGCAAUAGAGAAACGAGAGAAAGAGAAAUUCAGAACCAAUCUUCAAGAGGCUAAGCGGGCUGUAUUUCAGCAGCAAAACGACAACUGGAUUGCUCGGGAGUUUCAUGGGGAUGAUAUAGGUGAAGUCGUGAGUCUGCCACCCGAGGUAGAAGUAUAUAGGCCGACCACACAGCAACAUGCUGAAAGAAAUGCACCAUCAUUAAUAAAUUUAGUUGUUGACACUCCUGAUAUGAAGGAUGUAGUGGACCACCAAAUGUGGCCUCAAACAGCUAUCCAAGACGAUUUUGACAUACGAUCGAGCCGUAAAAGUGCAUUCCCAACUGAGAUUACGGAACCUAUUCCGGGCGCGCAAAUUGGAAUGGAUCCUAUCUUAGAUCCGCCUGACGUUUUAGUAUCUCAUCCACCAAAGGUUAAUAAGACUAAUAUGGUUGCCGAAGACCUAUUCAGCGCCGUCUCAAGAUCGUUAUCUAUUGACGUCCCCAAACGCCCAUUCCAGGAUCGACUACAUGACGUGGAGUUAGAUGAUACUGAUGCCAACAUGGCAGAUGUACUGAGAAACGAAAUUAAGCAUCCAGAUGCUUGGUAUGGAUACGACAAAGGCUUUUCUGCUCUGCCUAAGAGUAAUUUCGAUCUUGGGUUGACUUCACCAUUGUUAACUCCCGACGGAAAUGGUACUGGACUUUCGCAUGAUCCUUCAGAUGGCGUGUCUGCUUCAGGCUCUGACCAACAACGUAGUUCAGGCUCCGCUGGUUCCACAUCCACAUCUAAGGCUUCUGGUUUAGGCGUUGGUGAAGGUGGACGGGUUGGUGAGGGUGAUGAAAAUGGUCGGCAUCAUGUUAAGACUAUGGCAAUUAUUCCGCCAGAGAAAAUUUGUGUUCAGCCAACUCUUGAGAAUCUUUGGAAGCUUAGCGGCAAGGAUGGUAUACAAUUCUGUGAUCCAAUAAAUAAACUGCCGCCUCGUACUCAAGUGUUUAACCGGAGGCCUCCCGAUGAAAUAUGGAGUGAGCAUAUACAAAAAGAGGAAAAGAAGCAGCAAAUGGCCGAGGAUCAAUAUAAAGCGCAUGGUUCAACUCUAAUACUAGAUGGUUCCCAGCCUACGGACGACGUUGAUGCGCAUCAGGAGCCAUGGUGGUAUUCUGAUCCGGCAUACUCCGAAAUUAACGGUAAGACAGUUGAUGAUGAUAUCCAAGAGCAAUUGAAAAAUGAGCAGGAAGCCGAGAAGCUGUAUUGGGAAACCAAACAGAAAAUGUUGGGCGAUCACAUUGACCAACGAAAUAGACUGAGAGAACGUCAGAAGCAAGAUACUCUCGAAAUUGAAGAAUAUAGGAUUCAUGAGGAGAACAAGGUGAAUCAAGUAUUGCAAAAUAUCCAAAAAGAGGCAGAGGAGAAUGAAUCCAUAGCAAAAGGUUUAGACGGUCAACCGGUUGUUGCCCUAGAUGGGCAAGAAGAGCCACAUUACGAUUAUGCGAAGAUAAAGAAUGAUGUAGAUAUUCAUUCUGCGCAUCAGAUACUUCAACAUGAUUAUGAUCAGCGGCAACUUAAGCUCCAAACGCUGCAUGAAGAAUCAAUGAAGACCAUUGCAGAGCAAAAAGAGAUUGAGGAUGCUGCGAAAGUUGAAGCGGAACGCAUCCAUGCUUUCAAUUCUUCGAAGUUUGGCAUUUCUCGAGCCCCUACACCCCGUGUCAAAGACCCCGAAAUCGAUUUUUCCAUCCAAACCUUUCAUUACGAAGAUCGCACUAUUAACGACGUGGACCUAGAUGACCCUUAUGCCAACACAGCUGAUAUCCUUGAAGACGAGUUAAAACCUGCAGAGGACAAAGGCUUCUCAGGCCUGCCUAACACUAAUUUCGAUCUGAACUUUGCGCCUGAACGUAUCGGACUUGAAGGCUAUGAAGAUCCCGGGAUGCCGCGUGACUCUCCAAGGAAGGCAGAUGAACGUGUAAUAAACCCAUUUAGCACAGAUGAAUGCCUGAACCCCUGGUCCGUUUCCACUUCCACUUCCUCCACCGAUACCGUUCAACCACCUACCUCCCCUCCCCCAGCUACCGACCAUCUGCCCCCGCCCAAAACCGUCCGGGAAAUGCUCCACUGGUUUGUGGGAUUGAAUACACAAGGGUAUAUCGGAUUGAUUAGUGAGCAUGUCAAGAGCAUUUUACAGGACAUUAACAAAGAUGCCUCCGAGUUCUCAGAUGCGUUGGAGGUCACCGGGGAUCCCGACCAGUUGACCGCCUCCAUGGUCACCGCCAAACUGACCGAGGCGUGCCUCUACUCAGCCACCGUUAUCUACAAAAUUAGGCAUAACAAUGAUUUCAAAGCGUUUUCAACCUUCGACUUCAAAAAAGAAUAUAGUCAGCUUCAUUAUGCUGCUGACCCCGCAUGCCUCCUCUGCCAGCUACGUGACUACAUCUACGCCUGCCACCACCAGUUGAUGUUCCUCAAGGCGCAGUGUAAUCGAGGAAAGUCUCAUGGUGGUUGGCAAAAUUGUAAGUACGGCAGUGACACCAAGACGCCAUCCCCCCUCCAGUCGUUCCUGACUGACGGCUGGGACUCCGACUUCGAGACGCACCCCUUCGACCCGUGCAACCUGUGCCGCAAGAGCCGCGUAAGAAUGGGAUUCAGGAAGGAUGAUUUACCUGAGAUAUCGCAACAGGGCAGUGUCAUUUCCUCCAUCCUCACUCCCAGCUGCGGCGGCAGUGACCCCUUGCUGACAUUGGCCUCCUACCUCAACUGCCUCACCAGGCGGACGCCGCGCACCACCGGGGAGCUUGUAUCGUACUUUCAUCAUUUCGGCAUCGAGUUGCACGGGUAUGUGUCAGCGCUGUCUUUACUUGGCACCGCCAUAACCAAGUCAUAUGACCUAAUGUCUAAUCUACUACAUAUCAUAGUUGACGGGGUAAUACGCUCGACACUCGGGAUUUCGAGAUGUGAGUUACAAACGAAAUGUGCCCAUGCCCUCUCAUGUUGUUAG